CGACCCUGACUGACUCCCUUGCAGGGUGUAGUCGGCUUCCAGCACUCCAUGGCGGCGCACACAAAGUGCUGAGCUCGCCCCAUCAAGUUUCGUCUUCGCCCGCAACUCGCUCCUGACUCCCUCGCAAGUUACUCGCGCCUCCCGCCCGGCCGAUCGGAACGAGUCGUUCCGAGUUUGACUCAGUUUGACCCCGCGCGAGUGACGUCGCGGUCUCAGCGGAGGAGCGUGAGGAGCGCCGACAUGGCGGCUCCUUCCCCGCGGUUGUACCCCUUGGCGGUGGUCGCCCUGGCGGCCGCACUGACGCUCGGCGUCGGCGCCGCUAUGGACGAGUGCACGGAUGAUCAAGGGCAGGCGCAACGCUGCAUGCCGGAGUUCGUAAACGCCGCGUUCAACGUGACGGUGGUGGCCACCAACACGUGCGGCAGCCCCCCGGAGGAGUACUGCGUCCAGACGGGGGCCACUGGGGUCACCAAGUCGUGUCACAUCUGCGACGCCCGCGACCCGCGGAACCAACACGGCGCCGCCUACCUCACCGACUACAACAACCAACAGGACACCACCUGGUGGCAAAGCCAGACCAUGCUGGCCGGGGUGCAGUACCCCAACGCCAUCAACCUCACACUGCACCUCGGAAAGGCUUUUGACAUCACGUACGUGCGCCUGAAGUUCCACACGAGCCGUCCCGAGAGUUUUGUCAUCUACAAGCGCGGCAGCGAGGAUGGCGCCUGGACGCCUUACACUUACUACAGCGGCUCGUGCGAAAAGACGUACGGCUUGGGCAACCGCGAUUUCAUCCGCACCGGCGAGGACGAGCGGCGAGCGCUCUGCACCGACGACUUCAGUGACAUCUCGCCGCUCACCGGCGGCAACGUGGCCUUCUCCACGCUGGAAGGCCGACCCAGCGCCUACAACUUUGACCACAGUCCCAUCCUCCAGGACUGGGUGACAGCCACCGACAUCCGCGUGACCUUGAACCGCCUCAACACGUUUGGCGACGAAGUCUUCAACGACCCCAAAGUGCUCAAGUCCUACUACUACGCCAUCUCCGAUUUCGCCGUGGGCGGAAGGUGUAAGUGCAACGGCCACGCCAGCGAGUGCGUGAAGGACUCUCGAGGUCGUCUGGUGUGUAACUGCAAACACAACACGGAAGGAGUGGACUGUCAAUCCUGCAAAGCCUUCUACAACGACCGGCCGUGGAGGCGGGCCACCGCCGAAAAUGCCAACGAGUGUCUACCGUGCGAAUGCAGCGGGAAGAGUUCCGAGUGCUACUUCGACGCCGAGCUGUACCGGGCCACGGGUCACGGAGGUCACUGCAAGAACUGCGCCGACAACACGGACGGGCCCAGGUGCGAGCGUUGCCUGGACUACCAUUACAGACGCGAUGACGCCCACCACCGCUGCCUGCCCUGCGCCUGUAAUUCUGUUGGUUCGGAGUCUCCCCAGUGUGACAACCGAGGCGUGUGUGCGUGCAAACCAGGAGUGACGGGAGAAAAGUGCGACCGCUGUCAGCCUGGAUUUCACAGUCUCACCGAAGCUGGAUGCAGGCCGUGUUCUUGCUCGCCAUCAGGAAGCACUCAGGAAUGUGACGUCAACACGGGACAAUGUCGCUGCAAGGAAAACGUGGAGGGGUUCACCUGUGACCGGUGUAAGCCAGGCUUCUUCAACAUGGACGCCAGCAGCGCCGAAGGCUGCUCUCCGUGUUUUUGCUUCCUUCACUCGUCCGUGUGUGAGAGCGCGCCCGGCUUCAGCAUCCACAUGCUGAGCUCCAAUUUCGAGCGAGAUGAAGAUCAGUGGACGGGUCAGCAGCGCGAUGCGUCGAGCGUGCCGGUGCAAUGGUCGCCCAACAGUCAGGACAUCUCCUUGGUCUCCCAGGACUACUUCCCCAUGUACUUCGUGGCUCCAGACAAGUUCUUGGGCGACCAGCUGCUGAGCUUUGGUCAAAACCUGAGUCUGAGUUUCCGAGUGGACCGCCGCGACAGCCGCCUGUCCGCCGAGGACCUGGUCCUGGAAGGCGCCGGACUUCGGGCGGCCGUGCCCCUCAUCGCCCAGGGCAACGCCUACCCGGCCGAUGAAAAGCAACGCUACGUCUUCAGACUCCACAACAGCGCCGACUACCCUUGGAGGCCAGCCAUUAGCCAUUCAGACUUCCAGAAACUCCUCCAUAACCUGACGGCCAUCAAGAUUCGCGGCACUUACAGCGAGAAGAGUGCCGGUUACCUGGACGACGUGUCACUGGUGACGGCCCGGCAGGGUCCGGGGACGCCGGCCCGCUGGGUGGAGCAGUGCACGUGCCCUCUUGGCUACGAGGGCCGGCGCUGCGAGCGCUGUGCGCCGGGCUACCGCCGUGCCAACCCGCCACUCGGGGCCUUCAGCGCCUGCGAGGCCUGCGACUGCAAUGGCCACAGCGAUGCCUGCGACCCGAGCACAGGCGCAUGCAGCUGUCAACACAACACGGGGGGCCUGAGCUGCGAGCGCUGCCGUGACGGUUUCUAUGGCGACGCUACCAGGGGGACGUCCUCGGACUGCCAGCCGUGCCCAUGUCCCGCUGGCGCCACCUGCGCCUCGGUACCCAAGAGCGGACAAGUGGUCUGCACCAACUGUCCCGCUGGCACCACAGGCAAGCGGUGCGAGUUAUGCGACGACGGUUUCUUCGGGGACCCGCUGGGCGAGGGCGGUCCGGUGCGCACAUGCCGCGCAUGCAAGUGCAGCGACAACAUCGACCCCAACGCCGUCGGGAAUUGCGACCGCGAGACGGGCGAGUGCCUGAAGUGCAUCUACAACACGGCCGGCUUCUUCUGCGACCGAUGCAAGGACGGUUUCUACGGCAACCCCCUUGCCGCCGACCCCGCCGACAAGUGCAAGGCGUGCGCAUGUUCCCCCUUGGGCACGGUGGGCGCCCAGAAGAGCUGCUCGGCAGUGACGGGCCAAUGCCCGUGCUUGCCCAACGUCAUCGAGCGAGACUGCAGCGCCUGCCAGCCGGGAUUCUUCAACCUGCGCAGCCGAAACGGAUGUGAGCGGUGCAACUGCGAUGCCAUCGGCUCAGCCAACGGCCAGUGCGACAUUGUCAGCGGGCAGUGCGAGUGCCAACCGGGCGUCACGGGGCCCCGAUGCGAGCAGUGCGAGGUCAACUUCUUCGGUUUCAGUUCGUCCGGAUGCAAACCCUGCGACUGCGACCCCGAGGGAGCACAGUCGGGGCAGUGCCGGGAGGACGGCCGCUGCCACUGCCGUCCUGGCUUUGUGGGUGCCCGCUGCGACAUGUGUGAGGAGAACUACUUUUACAACCGCUCGGCGCCUGGAUGCCAGCAGUGUCCUUCCUGCUACAGUCUCGUCCGGGACAAGGUGAACCAGCAACGCCAGAAAAUCCACGAGCUCCAGACGCUCAUCGACAACCUGGCAUCCGGUCAGGAGACGGUCAGCGACAAGGCUUUCGAAGACCGCCUGAAGGAGGCCGAGCGUGCAGUCCUCGAUCUCCUGGACGAGGCGCGCGCUAGCAAGGACGUGGACCAAGCUCUGCUGGAGCGUCUGAACGCCAUCAACGGCUCGCUGACGACGCAGUGGAACCGUCUGCACAAUGUGCGCGGUACGGUGGAGCAGACGGGCGCGCAGGCGGACCGUGCGCGCAACCGAGUGCGCCAGGCCGAGAACCUCAUCGACCGUGCCCGACAGGAGCUGGACAAAGCCAAGGACGCCAUCGCCAAAGUGGACAUCAAGUCUCCAAGCGGCGAUGGCGAUCCCAACAAUAUGACGCUGCUGGCCGAAGAAGCACGCAAACUGGCAAACAAGCACAAGAUGGACGCCGACCAGAUCGAGAAGAUUGCCAAGGAUGCCAAUGACACGUCCACCAAAGCUUACAAUCUGCUUCUCAAGACGCUGGACGGAGAAGGAAAGACCGCUCAACAGAUAGACGAGCUCAAUAGGAAAUACAAGGAGGCGCUGGAGCUGGCCAAGAGUUUGGAGAAGCAAGCCAACAAAGUCCAAGCAGAGGCGGAAGAGGCCGGAAACCACGCCAUCGAGAUCUUCGCCAACCUCACCGGCCUGCCGCCCUUCCACACGCACUCCCUGGAGGAGGAGGCCAACAAGAUCAAAAAAGAGGCAUCCGACUUGGACGGCCUGAUAGACAAGGCGGUGAAGGAGUACAAUGACCUAAGGGAGGACCUGGCGCCUAAAGAGCGGGAAGUCCAAAAGCUUCUUGAGAAAGGUCGCAGUGAGCAGCAGACGGCUGACCAGCUCCUGGCCCGCGCCGACGCCGCCAAGGCGACGGCGGAGGAAGCGGCCAAGAAGGCCCAGUCUACCUUCCGCGAGGCUGAGAACAUCCUCGACGACCUACGAGACUUUGACCGUCGCGUCAAUGACAAUAAGACGGCAGCAGAGGAGGCACUGAAGAGGAUCCCAGCUAUCGACGCCACCGUGGCCGCCGCCAAUGCCAAGACGCGGCAGGCCGAAGCGGCGCUGGGAAAUGCCGACGCCGAUGCCAGACAGGCCAAGACCAAGGCGGAGGAGGCCGAGCGCAUCGCCACCAACGUGCAGAAGGGCUCGGGCAAGACCAAGGAGGAUGCCGAGAAGACCUUGCAGGACGCUGACAAACUGGACAGCGAAGUCAACGGCCUGAUGGAUGAGCUGAGCAAUGCUGAGGAGCAGCUGAGCAGGAAGAAGGCCGAGGCAGACCAGGACAUGAUGAUGGCCGCCAUGGCGUCGACCAACGCCAAGGAAGCAGAAGACAACGCCCGCAAGGCCAAAAGCGCCGUCAAGACAGUCCUCAGCACCAUUGCCGCCCUGCUGGAGCAACUAGGCAACAUCGACAAAGUGGACGUGAGCAAACUGACCCAAAUCGACGAGUCGCUGCGCCGUGCCAAGGACAAGAUGGCCAACAGCGAGCUGGACAGGAAGUUGACUGAGCUCAACGACGUGGCGCGCACGCAGGAAGCCAUGAUCGGCGACUACGACCGGCAGAUCCGAGAGAUCCGCGCCGACAUCGCCAACCUCAACGACAUCAAAAACACGCUGCCUGACGGAUGCUUCAACACGCCGUCCCUGGAGAAGCCCUAAAUGCUCGACGUCGCAAAAUGCCUCAAAACAUCACAAACGCGUUACCAAAACUCCACCUUGAUUGUUUUUGUCUUUUUUUGAACUGUGCAUAAGCGCAAAGCACCAGAGACCACCAGCACGAACCCCACGAGACUGCACGUCCGCCGCCGCAACAGGAAGUCCCUCCCACUGCCAGUUUCCUGGGUGCGCGCGCCGCCGUUACCUGUCGUGCCCCGCCCCACAUUGGAAGGGCUCACCAGCAGUGACGAUCCGCCUCCCUACAUUUUAUUGUCGUUCGUGACAUCAUCAUCAUCGGCGCAAGAAGGGUUAUCACAGCACAUCCUGAGGGUCCCGCAGGGGUCCGUCUGAAGCCACUUGAGCAUUUAUUCCAAAAGCGCGCAGCAAAUACAUCUUCAAAUGACUUGCCCUAAAGACAUUUGAGCAUUUAUUGGACGUCCUGGAUAUCCAAUUCAAUGGCCGUGUUUUAUUUCAGGACUAAGGCCUGACUAAUUAGGAUUUUCCGAGGCCCAUUGAAAUCACGAUUCAGGCCGCCGGUAGGAUUUCCAAUAAAUGCUUUCCAAUAAAUCAAUUAGUCGAAAUCCCACUAGUGCACCAAAUGAAGAAUGAAAACUAGUGUGUUGUGAAUCAAUGCUCAAACAGUUUUAUCGCAAAUUAGCACAACAACAUUUUACUCAUGCCAUUGAACUGCACUAGUUGGCAUACAUUUGCCACUUGUACAGGGUAGGCAAAUCCAGUCCUAGAGAGCCGCAGUAGAACUUUCCCUGUUCCAGCAAGCUCUGUAAAAGCCUGAUAAUGAUCGUGAUCAUUAGCAUUUGGUAUGUUGGAAGUGGGAAACUUCUCACACAAGCAGGACUGCGGUGCGGCUCUCUAGGACCGGAGUUGGCUACACAACAGGCCAAAGAGACCGUAACUCUGCUGUGGGUUCAUUCCACAAUACAGUACAGUAUUUCCCCAAUUUGGAGUCCCCAACCCCAAAAUUAAACAAAUGUUUGCGAUUCCCUUUUGAGAAGAAUUUGACAUGAAACAAUGAUUCGAUUUUCCACAGGCGCUGAUUCAUUUGACAAUCAAUGAGUUGUUGAGUUGCAAAAGAUAGCUUUCCAUCAUGUGACUACACACAGGAAGUCCCUCCCAGUGGCAGUUUUGUGCACGCGAGCCGCCAUUACCCAUCAUGGCCCGCCACGUAACCUUUCUCCUUCUCUUGUGUGACGUCGUAGCUACAUGCUAAGCUUAACGCGUUUGCUGUCAGGCGUGCCAAGCACGCCAGCGACCAAUCAGGGUGCGGCCGCAUCGGUCCUGCCCCCGCUCAUCCCGGUCCCGCCUCUCCAGUCACGUGGUGACGUCACUCGGACUCUAUGCAACUUUUGUACAUUUGCUCUGAUACACUGGUGCUAAAAAUAUGUAAUGUGCGUAUGUGUGUGUGUUUUUUCUUUUUUUGAUUUUCACGUUUUUGUGUCAAUAGCGACGUGCAUGUGCACGCGUGCUCAUCAAGGUCGCCAAUUUCUUAAUGUUCUUUAUUUCUCAUGUCACGCGACUGAAGUGAAGACAUAGUUAACCUGUGAUUUGUAACGACUUUGUGCCUUAAUAUGAAUUUUGUGUGUGUGUAAUCCAAACAAGAACACUAUGACCUUUGACCUCCAUCCAUCCAUCCACUUAUAGUCAUGUAAGCACACGUGUGUAAUAAUAAACAGUAUUGUUAAGUUA